AACACUAUGGAAACCGAAAGUGUAAACACAACUCUCCGGUGGCCGAGCUUUACACGAGCUGUAGAAAACCCACUGGUGCCCGAAAAUGUCCUCAAGAAACAGGGGUGGGGUCGAACGACCCAUUUCAGAACAAAUUGAGGAGCUCAAGGCGAAAAUCGCUCUAAUCGAGGGAGACAGAAAGGCAUACUUUGAGUCCUCGCAGUAUGCUAUCAAGAAGAACAGGGAGAAUAUCCUUAGUCUGCGUAAAGAGAACUGGGAACUGCGCCGGAAGCUUAGAGAUAGGCUGGAGCAAGAUGAGCAUAUCAUUGGAAAAGCCUUUCAUGAUCGUCCUGUUGAACGAGCAGCAUUAGCCAACAAAUCAGGACAGCAAGCCAUUACAAUUUUUGACUUGAAAGUAUGUGAUACGAUGAAACGCUCGAACGCUAUGAACCACACCACUGUGAGGAAACAAAAACAUCUGGAGGCGCUGCAGACAAAGUAUGAUCAGAUGGUCAAGGAUGCAUCUGAUGCCAUGGAGACGGACAAAGGCGAGUCUGAGGAUGCUCAGCAGAUGCGUUCCCUGGAGAACAGCUAUGACAAGGUCAUCAUGAAGAACGAGGAGGCCAAGCAGGUCCAACGCAUCUACCUGGACAUCAAGGCCCGCUUUGAAGCAGAAGCUCAGAAUUAUCCACAGAAACUAGACAUUUUGGAGGCUGAGAUCCGCCGCACCAGAGCUGAGCUGAAGGAGCUGAAAGCCAUGCAGAAUGAUGCAGAGAUCUCAAAGGAGGCUUCUGUUGCCGAGCUGCGGCGCCAUGAGGAGACAGUUUAUAGUGAGCGCAAGAAGCGAGAGGUAGAACUCCAAAAAAUGAAGAAGGAAGCUGAAGAGAAGAAGAUGCAACACGAACGAAUUGAGAAACGCCUGGCCCAGAGAGGGUCAAUCCAGCAUGAUGACCUCACUCCCCAGGAGAGGGCAGCACUGACAGGGGAAGAGCAGCAGCAGAAGAUUACAACCUAUGAGGAGGCUUUUCGCUGUAUCAUGGAGGCAACAGGUGUCUCAGACACUCGGGAAGUUGUAGAGCGUUUCGAAAACCAAGGUCAGACAACACAGCAUCUUGAAGAGCUGAAGAAGGACAAUGAAAAGCAAAUCAACCGACUGUGUGAAGAGAAAGAAAAGCUGCAGCAGGAGUUUGAGGAGAUGAAAUACUCAGGCGAGGCCAAGCUGUCUAGUGGUCAGACCAUGCUGGAGGAGUUCCAGAACCACCUGGCCAAAGAAGAGAAAAGGCGGGAUGAUGCUGAUGAAAAACUUCAGAGAGCAAGCCGCAUCCUGGUGCAGGUGAAAGCAGGAGUAGAGCACCUGGCGGACAAACUACAUCACCUGAAAGCUAACAAGGGGCAUGUCCCAACAGCUCAGAUAGCCCCAUCAUCAGACGAGUAUGUCCUAGACCAGCUAUCCACAUCAGAGGAGAAACUUCUAAAGCUUAUGGAAGAUUUUGAUGGCAAGGAUUUGCAUGAGGUUCUCAGACAGAUGGAAGAGGAAGAGUUCCAUGCCAGCAUUGAAGGCAAACUUCCUCAGUACAACACACGCAUCAAACUACCAACCACCCAGCGAGACCUAGUGUAUGGAGAUGAAGAUGAAGAGAGUGGCGAAGAUGAUGCUGAUGUCCCCAACAGGGCUGCCAUCAAGAAGCAAUCACAAUUCAUCAUUGACUCCAAAACUAAACGCAGAGUGCCCAAGAAAAAGAAGAAGACCAAAUAAAAAGAAAUUGAUAGAAAUCAUGACUUACAAAGAAAAUGUCCAACAUGCAUGUACAACUUCAACAUUAUCUUUAUUGAACUAGAACUUUGAUGUUCCUGUCUUUCAUGUCCAAUCUGAUAAGAUUUUAGCAGGGUUUGUGGAGAAAGGAAAUGACUAAGACUACUAUGUUACCAAGACUUUUUUAAAAGUGUUUGGUGUGCUAGUAGUGUUUCUUGACCUUCAGUCAAAAAUGCUUAGAACAAUGAUGCCAAGAUUUGUUUUAAUUUUUGUGAGAAAUUGUGAGAAAGAAUUAUUCCCACCUAAUGUGCUACUUCUAAACAUCUGUAAUACAAAUAUAAAAUCAGGUUUGAUAGCUUUUCAUAGUAAAGUUGAUCAUUAAAGGCUAGUCAAAAAUAAUCUUUAACACCAGCAGAUAUAGAAAAAAGUGUGGUGCAGACAGCAUGGCAUUUUUCUUUGAUGGUUUUCCCAUCAUGGACACACCAACAGCACUCUGAGGUAUUUUACUGUCUGGAAGCUCUCUACACCUCAAAAAGCACCUGAAAGUCUUUAUUAUAGAGGUCAAUUCAUUUUUUUUUCUCUCCAGGCUUAUGAUUGUAAAAAUCAUGAGUAUUUAGAGGGUAACGUCAUGAUACUGUGUACACUUCUGAUCUGAAGCAUUUUGAAACAUGUUCUUGUAUUUUAUGCUGCGAUCUGUAACCAACAAAUGUAUACUGAAGUCUACCGGAAGCCAUCAAGUAAUACCAUCAACAGAAAUUUUGAAACUAGCUGCAAAAAAUGAUCUGACAGUACUGAUGAUGAUGAAAGUAUGUGCUGCUUCAUGUAAUGUGCAAUCACCCAUAGCUUUUUAAAAUAUUUUUAUGGUUAUCAUCAUCACUGCAAGCAAACUAGAGACUGCCUCAAAAGGUGUGAUGACACUAGUGUGAUCUUUGCACAUAACAAACAUCUUUGAUCUAAACAUAAUAACUAAGGACAUCUUUUUGGAUGUAAUGUCCAGUUUAGAAAUUUGAGCUUGCAGAAAAAGGGACAUUAAAAACACUGUUACAUAUUCUA